GUGGAAUUGUUCUUUGGUCGAAAUCUUUUACUCGCAUUACGUCUUCUCCGGUUGAUGCCUUGAUUAAAGAUGUAUUGAUUGAAGAGAGAGCCGGUGAAAACAGCUAUAUUAAAGAUUCCUAUAGCUUGAAAUGGACAUUCGCAAACGAAUUAGAUCUUAUUUUUGUGGCUGCUUAUCAGAAAAUUCUUCAACUUGCAUAUAUUGAGGAACUUCUUGCUACCGUUAAGAAAUUCUUUUGUGAUAAAUUUGCUGAACAUAUUCGAAACACCAGUAGUAUUCACAAAUAUGCAUUCGAUGAUGAUUUCAACACAAUAUUCAAUAAUAUCGAAGAAAAAGAUUCGAAGGGAUAUGAUAAAUUAUCUAAACCGCGACCAUUUGAACAAACUAAAAAAUUUAAAGAAACAAUUGAAGGAUCGAAGAAACUUAGUGUGAAUGAUAUAACAAAACCACCCACGAUCCCCAUCAUCAGUGAUGAUAAAAUUGCCCGCAAUAUUGAAGCAAUUCGUGGAAAGCCUACUCGAGGCCGUGGUGGACGAACUAAAUCUAGAAGUAGCAAACCGUCCAAUGAGUCCUCAUCAGAUGAUAAAAAGCCAACUAGAAAGAAAACAUUGCGUACAUGGGAAGACAAAAUUUCAAAAGAUGAAAUGGAAAGUUUGGAUUAUAGUGGGAACAAAGACGAUACAGAUAGGUCAUCGGCAGUAAAUACACAUAAUUUGGUUGAUCAAAACCAAUUUGGACAGUUUCAAGACGGACAUUAUGAAGUGCAGGAUCUGGGUCAAAAUGAUAGUGAUAAAUCCGAGGAGGAUGAUUAUGACGAAGAAAAUGAAGAAUCAAACAAAAAUGAUAGUCAAUCUAGCGUGUUUUCAUUUUUCAGGAACAUCACUGGACAAAAAGAAAUUACACAACAAGAUCUUGUUCCGGCAUUAGCAAAAAUGAAGGAACAUUUAAUUAAAAAAAAUGUCGCAGCUGACAUUGCAACUCAUUUAUGUGAUUCUGUUGCAAGAAAUCUUGUAGGGCAAAAGACUGGAAGUUUUAAGAUAUCAUUAAAACGAAUACUUACACCCAAGACAUCAGUUGACUUGUUACGUGAUAUUGCACAAGCUCAAUCUGAAUCACGUCCUUAUACAAUUUGCUUUAUUGGAGUAAAUGGUGUUGGUAAAUGCUUUGCAAGGGGGACCAAAUUUUUAAUGUACGAUGGUACAUACAAAAAUGUUGAAGAGCUCACUGUUGGUAAUCAAAUUAUGGGAGAUGAUAACAGCCCAAGGACUAUUCAAUCUACUACCAGAGGUGAAGGCAGCAUGUAUCGUAUUUUCCCAAAUGAUAAAGGUCCGGCCGAACCUUUCGAAUGUAACGACCAGCAUAUCCUUGUGCUUAAAUUCGCUGCUAAUCCAUUCAUACAAAGUGGUGAAAUUCCUAUCACUGGAUUUCACCCCAGAAUUCGUCUCUUCUGGUAUGAAUAUGACGAGGUGAACAAUAUGAUAGUUAAAAAGACCGAUUCUUACUAUUACGGUCCUGGAAAACUUUAUCUUAAAAAAGAAGCAGCUAAGAAAGCAGCGAUACAAGAUAUGGCGAGAAAACCCAAUCUCGCAAUAACAGAUUUUAUUUGGGAGGUACCGGUCAAGGAUUUCUUAACCGCGUCAUAUGAUGUACGACGAAAUUGUCUUAUGUUUAAACCAAGCAAAGUUAUUUUUAAAGUAGCACAAGGAAAAUUUCGUAUUAUUUUAAGCGAAAUUCUUGGGAUUGAUCCUACGGAUUCUCAGAUUUCAGCUGCUGCUUGGCUCGUUGGUGCAUGGAUUAGUAAUGGACUUGAAACCUCGCCAACAAUAUGUGUCAACGAGAAUGAAAUUGAAAUAGUGAAGGCGAUGGAAAAACAUGGUGAAACGUUGAAUUGGAAGUGUAUUAAAGAUAAUUCAAAUAAAGAACAACAGAGAAUUUCAUUUAUUCAUGGUAGCGGUUUUGAAAGCGAGUUCUUACGUCUUCUCCGUAUGCUCGAUAUUUUGGAUGCUAAAAAAGUACCACCAGUCAUUAUGACCGAUGAACUCGAUCAGGUUCGUUUGCCUCUCCUUGCCGGAAUCUUAGAUAUUGGCGGGCAUUUACUAGAAAAACAGAAGGGAUCUUACGAGUAUAUCUACCAAUCUCCACAGAAGCGAUGUAACAUCGUUGAACAAGUUCGUAAUUUGGCCAAUUUAUCAGGAUUUUGUUCCAUCAAUGUUAAGAGAAGCAUGAAAGAGGUUUCAAAUAAUAUAACGGCACCAUAUUUUUAUACAACCAUCACUGGUAAUGAGUUAGAUAAGCUUCCAUUAAUCGUAUCACGUAAAAAGGUGUGUAAACACCGUGAUUGCAACCUUAAGCUAGACAAUCGUGAUAUGGUAUGGAGCUUUAAAGUGGUGAAUGUUGGCCUUGGUCCAUAUUACGGAUUCAAAGUUGAUAAAAACGAACGCUUCUUAUUGGCGGAUUUGACUGUGGCCCAUAAUUCUACAAAUCUAUCGAAGACUUGUUUUUGGUUAUUACAAAAUGGAUUAAAGGUCCUCAUUGCAGCGUGUGAUACUUUUAGAUCAGGUGCCGUAGAACAAUUAAGAGUGCAUGUUAGAAAUUUGAAUGCUUUGGGUCAAAAUUCAACUGUUGAAUUAUAUGAACGUGGAUAUGGCAAAGAUGCUGCCGGGAUAGCAAAAGAUGCAGUCAACUAUGCAAAAGCAAAUAAAUUUGAUGUCGUAUUGAUCGAUACGGCAGGACGUAUGCAGGACAAUGAACCAUUAAUGCGUGCGUUAGCGAAGCUGGUAUCUGUGAAUAAUCCAGAUAAAAUAAUAUUCGUUGGCGAAGCUUUAGUUGGGAAUGAAGCAGUUGACCAACUUACAAAAUUCAAUCAAGCAUUGAAAGAUUUUUCUGGAUUGCAAAAUCCGCGACAAAUUGAUGGAAUGAUCUUGACGAAAUUUGACACAAUUGAUGAUAAGGUUGGUGCGGCUUUAUCGAUGACUUACACAACGGGGCAACCGAUAUUAUUUGUUGGAACCGGACAAACUUAUACAGAUUUAAAGAAUAUGAGAGUUGGACAUAUUGUGCAUGCUCUCCUUAGGGAAUAA